GCCGCCUGGUCUUACUGGCAACCAAAGUAGUUUGUUUGCCAAAAAAUUCAGUAGUAAUACUCCACGCACUAUAUAUUUGCACAGCUGAUGUUGUUGUUGGCUCCAAACAAAUACGCAGCCAACUUUUAACCCAGUUUUAAAGGCUCCCAAAGAAAUCAGCUCCAAAAGUCACAACAAACUCAUCGCACUCAAGGGUACAGGAGUAAAAGAGAGACGGAAAUUGAUUGGUUGUGUAAAUUGGAAAGUGCACGAAAUCGCGAGCGUAUAACGGUAUAUGUAUACACACACAAGCAGCAAACGCACACACAUGGAGGCAGCGCUUUUGGUUUGAUGUCCCACUUGGCGGAUUAAAGACAAAGAGAGAGAAAAGGAAGAGAAGGAGCAGGACGAGGAGCGAUGACCACGCGGGAGAAUGUCGUUGCCAGUCGUUUGUCCAAGUUGAUGCUCAGCAGCGGGAGUGGGAGUAGCGGUGGCAGUGGCAACCAGUUGCCUCCGUCCUCCGCCCAGGUCCAAUCGCCCACCUCGCCCGGAGAGCAAUCCCAAUCCCAAUCCGAGCUGAACCAAAUAAAACGAGACGCUGAUCCGCAGUUCUCGCGCUUCGCCGAUUAUUUUGUGAUAUGUGGGCUGGAUCUAGACACGGGUCUCGAGCCGGAUCGCUUUGCGGGAGACAACCUGCACUGCUCGCCACUGGACCGCGCCUACAAGAGCAAACCACUAGCCCACUAUCCUGAGAAUGUGCCCUGGAACCCCUUCGAUGCUCAUGGCAUUUGCAUGCUCUCCCUGCCGCAAGGCCUCCGCUUCCGCACCCAGAAGCAUAACAUCGAGCCCAGAUUCCACUCGUUUGCCACCACGCGGGAGGAUGGAAAGCGGUGCUAUGGUUUCAGCUUGGUGUUUUACGAAGAGAUUCGCAACCGGAACAUUUGUGGUGCCAUCCACACACUGCAGAGCAUGUUUAUCACAGAGCUGUCCAAUGGCCAGCAGACUCACUCGCUCAGCCGGGUAAAACAGGAUGGCCCGGUCAGUCGAUCCUUGCCCAGGCACUUCAAGGUGGCCGGACAGGCGCCGCAGUCCGCACAAAGCUACUACGACAUCAACAAGGACAAGCUGUACGUGGCCAAGAGCAUCACAUUGAUUUGCCAGGCUCCCUACGCCUUUGCCGCCCAGAUGUUUCUCAAGAAUCUCUACAGAUGUCUUCCUCGACAACCUGGUGCUGGCAUAAGCUUGGAGUCAUACGUGUACAACAUACUCUAUGAGGUGAUGCUGCCGCAGCAGGGCAAGUCCAUCCGCGUUUACCUGCCGCCCACAGAGCCGCAUCUGCCCGCUAUUGCAUUGAUCCUUCAGCGCCCGCUUCUGGCAACCGAGUUGCCCCUUCUCGACUUCCCGCUAAGGCUGCUUUUCAAGUACCUGGGCGUAGAGUGUGUCAUACAGCUGCUGACAUGCGUCCUUCUAGAGAAUCAAGUCUUGCUGCGGUCCACAGAUUACCAAAGACUUAUGAUCGUUGGCGAGUGUAUUACUUCGCUGUUAUUUCCGUUUGUGUGGCCACAUGUUUACGCUCCUAUCCUGCCGGCUGCCCUGCACCACUUUUUGGAUGCGCCAGUUCCCUUCGUGAUGGGACUGCACGCCGAGUGCGAGGCUGCUCAUAAGAUUGGCAGCGAGGCAACUCUCUGCUUCGUGGACAUCGAUAAGAAGCACAUCCAGCUGCCUGAGGAGCUUCCAGUCUUCCCACACAAGAUGGACUUUAUGGCCGAGAUCGGUUCUGUGCUGGACAAGUUCGAGAUCGAGCGGGACCGCGACCAGGAGCCCAGUUUUAGGAACGGCUAUGUGGGCAGGGGAGCCGGCGGAGGGGCUGGCGGCAAUGGUAGUGGCGGACCAGGCGGAGUCGAUGCCAUGAUCUCCAGCUGUACACUGCCCACUGGUUUGCAGGCUACGCGUCGCAGCAAGGAGCGUUUUCAACAGCUGCAAGAGACCGUUUAUACGUUGUCGGGAUCGCCAGGCGGUGGUGUCGUAGAUUACCAACCGCUGAUAGCGCACCCCUCAAGGAUCGAUCACGUACCACGUAUUGCUGACUUCCUGCGUAGGAAGGGAGGCAUAAGGGGAGCUGGCUCUCCGGUGGGCAGUCCCACAGUCUCGCUAUCUUCCUCGCCGGUCGGCAUAUACCACGACGUGGACGCAGUAGACGCCACAAUGCCAGUCAGCGCUCGCCGGUCGGAGAAACAAAAGCUGAGCGCAGUGGAUCAGUACUACCAGGAUCUGCGCAUCAAUAACUCGGUGCGGGAGAUUUUCCUCAAUCGAUUCGUGCACAUGUUCCACGCCUACGAAUACUUUGUGAUCUAUCCAAACCAAGCUCGGGAUGAGUGGAUCUCGAACCGCGAAACGCUGCAGAACUUCGACAAGUCCUCGUUCCUCUCCGAUCAGCCGGAGCAUCACCGCGCCUUCCUAUCGCGCUUCCUUGAAUCUCAAAUGUUCGCCACUCUGAUCGACAACAAGAUCCUGGCCAUGUGGGAGUCGCACCCCGAUGAGCAGCUCCAGCUGUUCGACCAGCGCGUGAAACUGCUGAGGCGACGUCACGGGGAGAACAUGAUCGCCGCCACCAGCUAUGAGCCGUGUGUGCUCAGCCAGGACUCGCAACAUGGCUUUGAGAAGCGGCUCAACUGCAUCGACAUCGAAGUGACGCCACCCAGCGAAAUUCUGGCCAACCGGGCGGCCUAUUUCCGCAGUUUUCCACUGCUCGAGAAGGGUGUUCUUAAUCAGGAGUGCGCCUCGAGAGGCAACAGCCUGCGGCGGGUAAAGAACGGCAACAAGUGGCGGGCCAGGGAGAUCUCGCUGGACCAGAAGCCGGGUUCCAAUGCCAUCAACCGACUUUCGGCGAACCUGACCACAGCGGAUGUGAGUCCGGCCCUGAUAGCCCAGGCCAACUGGACGUUUGUGGAGCGACUGCUGAAGGACAUCAAGUCGAAGACCAACCGCAUGCUGCUUGAGAAAUUGGGCAAUGAGGCAGUGGCCUUGGGCCUUAAGGGCGACGGCAUCGAGGAGAAUACCCUAAUAGCCAGCAUGUGCGAUCUGCUAGAGAAGAUCUGGUCGCACGGCCUGCAGAACAAGCAGGGCAAGUCGGCCCUGUGGGCACAUCUCCAGGCCUACCUCGAGAUGCAGGAGGCCCGGGGAGCUGGUGAUAGUUCCGGAGCCGAGCAGACGCCGCAAGUGUCCAGCAGUCCGGGCAGCAAGAUGACUAUUGCCACAGCCUCGCCGGCACUGGCCUGGAACGCAAUGCGCAAGCGCAUGGACUAUCUCUCCACAUUCCAAACGGACUUCGACAGUCCGCCCAGUCCAAAUCGCAGUCGCUCGCGGGAUCGCAAUAAAUUCGUGGGCCUGGAGCAGCUGUGUCCACUGCCUGAAUCAUUGGAGUUCGAUGUGAAAAACGUGCUUGCCAUGGCGGAUAUAAAGACGCAUAUUGGCUACACUCGCGCCUGGGUUCGUCUAUCUCUGGAGAAGAAGCUGCUGUCCAGGCAUUUUCGUACCCUGCUCUCCGACGAAUCAUUGCUGCGAUCGCUGUACAAGCGCUCGGCCUUCCUGCGCUGCGAGGAAGAGAAGGAGCAGUUUCUCUACCAUCUGCUCACACUUAACACGGUGGACUACUUUAGCUUCACCAACAUCUACCCCACGACGAAGUUGCCCUACCGCGUCGUGAUCUUCCCCUCCCGCAAGUACGGCUCCUACCACACCUCCAGCAAUGUUUGGAUCAUGGUCUCUGGCACCAUGAACGAGACACAACGGGUACCGGUGCCGAAGGGUUCCUUGGAGUUCAUCUUCCAUUACAAAAACCUUGGCCUACUGACAACCAUGCGCAUUGGACACGACAACUCGGGACCCAGCCACAAGUGGCUGGUGGAGCAGGUGGUGAUGCGCAAUGAGGUCACCGGCCACACCUACAAAUUUCCAUGUGGUCGUUGGCUGGGCCGCGGCGUCGAUGACGAUUCCACGGAACGCCUGUUGGUCGGCCAACGGGUAUCGACCAGCGUGAAGAAUGCCGAGCUGGUCCCAGGAUCCGAUACCCGCACUCCGCCACGAACAAGAAGUCCCAGCGUACAACGUCAGGAGUCACUGGCUCCCUCGGAAAUUCAACACCAGCUGGGCAACUGCGUCAACGUCCUAGUUAAGUGGCACUACAAACCCAGCCGAGAUCGGGAUGUGGGCACGCUAACCAACCUGUUGUGCGGAGACGAUGGGCUGGUCAAGUGCCUGGAGCAGGUCUUUCUUUGCGGCUUUCGGUCGGCGCGGUUCUUUGGACGGAAUCUUUACAUUUGGGACUAUUUCACCAAGAUCAAGGAGCUGUUUGAGCAAAAUCUGCAGCUGGAACUGGAGGACUCGGCCUCUAGUUUGGACUCUUCCCUUAGCAAUGGAAGCGGAAGUGGCGGGAGCAGCUUGCAGCGCCGGGAGAUCUCCAGCAUUUGGCGCCUGUACGUGCAGUUGAUGGACGAAAUCAACGGCACGGCGCUUGGCAAGGAUGGGAAAUUCCAGCUGCUGAUCUGCUUGAGCCUGCGGGAACACUUGCUGACGCGGCUCAUAAAGCCAAUGGCCCUUACCAAGGUGACUCACGAGAUGUACGAGGAGGAGAGUUUCCUCCGACGCCGCAAUCUUCUCACUUUUCUUAUCCAAAUCCUGGAGCCGCUGGACGACUGCCACAUCGUACUGGAGAAUUCAAUCACACAGGGUAUACGCAUCCCGUCCCAGUGCUGAGGGGCGGAUGCUUCACUCCCACUGCAAUACACAUACCACAACUCACCCACGGACAUUUGCAACCAGUGACCUAGAGAAUACUCACAUACAUAUGCUCUUAAGGAAUCUCGGAACUCUCGAAUUCGUUGUUAGCUUUUAAUAUGAAGCGGAAAAUCACUUGCCCCUGAUAACAUUUAAUUCUAACUCUAAUCCCAAGCCUAGCAACUUGCCAUUCGACCUGAAAGCUUGCCAAGAAACCAAGUCAAAUGCUGAACGUUUUAGGGGGAUUUAUGCCAGUCCCAGGAACAUUGAAGCCAAAGUUGAACAAAAUUCCUUGUCAUCGACGCAAUCGAAUUUUAAAGACAUUUACUGUGCAAUUAAGACGUUUACUAUAAAGAAUUCUAAAAUGUUGUUCAAAAAUCUACAUAUAUGUAAAACGUACGCGUGUGUGUAGCUAGUAGAUAAGGUCCCAACCUAAUCCAGUCAAUUCUCCUGAGUUCCAAUUUCAACGGUAGCUUUUAAUUAAGUUGAUUUACCAAAGAAUCUUUGUUUUUUAUUACGACCAACGAAUAUUGGCGAAUAUAUUUUGUAUAUUACUUUAUUGGUAUAUAUGGAGUGAGUGAAAUGAGAUUUACCCAAAGGUGUUUACGUUAUAUUCAAGCUUUAUUUUUACAUUACAUUUUUUUAUCAAAAAAUGUUUGCAAAUAACACUGAAAGUCAAUAAAUACGCAAAAGACAUUAAUGAAUCUCGAAA